CAGUUACCAUUAAUUAUUUAUUUAUAAUAAAUAAAACUGUUAAUAGUAUAAUGUAAUAAAAAUGGUGAACAAAAUAUUAAUAUAUUUCAUCAUAAACGUAUCAUCUUUGCUGGUUACUAAUUGCACAAAUCAGUGUGCAAUUGAAAAUGAAAUUACGAGUUGUAUUUACGACAUUGUAUGCGUAUAUUACGCUGGCAGUGCACCCAACCCAACUUGCAAUUAUGAACCCUAUGUUAAAUUUACUGUUCAGAAAUCUACCGCCGAAAUGCUCAGUGCUGGCUUCUUCGGAUCAACGAACUUUGAUUCUCGAGUUAGAGAAAUCUACGCAAUUGAUAAUAAAUGGUAUCAAAUAGUGGAAUCAACAUUUAAGUAUUAUCCUAAAACAACAAAGAUGGAUUUAUCUAGCAAUUAUAUUACGAGUAUUAAAAAUCUAGCGUUCAGAGGAUUAUUAGCACUUGAAUCGCUUAAUUUAUCAAGAAAUGCGAUAUCUGAUCUUCAGUCAAGUUCACUCGUCACAUUGGAAAAUAAAGAUUCAGAAAUUAAGGAAUUGGAUCUUUCACACAACAAUAUUGAAGAUAUUCCCUACGAUAUAUUUAAGUAUAUGGGUAAUGCUAAAAAACUGCACCUACAACAUAAUAAAUUAGUUAAAUUGCCUGAUGAUGUCUUCACAAAUUUAAAACUAUUAACCGUUCUCAAUUUACAUCAUAAUUUCUUAACCUCUCUCAACAUGACUUUAAUUAAUUUGAAAGCAUUGAAGUACUUGGAUUUAUCCUUUAAUAAUAUAAAAAAAUUACAAGGCUAUGAAUUGAAUCGUAUUUCUUCAUUAGUAUCUGUCAAUUUUACAAACAAUGCCAUAGAGACAGUUGAAUCGAAUUGUUUUAACCAAGCAUUUAAUUUAGAAAGCGUUGAUUUAAGAAACAAUAAAAUUAAAUCAGUAAUUGAAAACGUUCUAUUUAUCAAUAAUGCUGCAUUAAAAUAUUUAAACUUAGAACAAAACUGUUUAACUAAAAUUCAAGACGAUGCUUUUAAACAUAAUAUUAUUGAUGAUUUAAAUUUGACCAAUAAUAACAUUACUGGUACUAUUACAAAAUCCACUUUUACUGGCUUAAAAAAUGUUGAAAAUCUUAACCUAUACAAUCAAAGUAUAACCACAAUUAACGAAGGUGCUUUUAUUGAAAUGAAUGCCUUAACUAAAUUAAAUUUAAGUCGAAAUCUUAUAAACAAUAUCGCAAAAAAUUCAUUUGGGGAAUCAAAAAAUUUGGUUAUUUUAGAUUUGUCACAUAAUAGAAUAGACAAUCUUAAUUUUUUGAGUGACAAUUUAAUAAAUUUGACAGAAUUAUAUAUAAGUAAUAACUCACUAACAGAGCUAAGAUCUUAUGAUUUACAAAAUCAGACUGAACUGAAAUUGUUAGACGUAUCUAUGAAUAGAAUUAAAGUUAUAAAUAAAUAUUUUGCACCUUUAAAUAAUUUGCAGUACUUAAAAAUGACCGGCAAUUCUUUGACUGGAACCAUAAAAGCUGAUACAUUCAGUCCAGCAAAAUAUCUAAGAUAUUUAGAUUUCAGUAAUUUUAAUAUAACUAAAGUUGAAAGCAUGGCCUUUAUAAACAUGACACUUUUAGCGAGAUUAAAUCUUUCGAAUAAUAUUAUAAAUGAAAUAAAUCCGCAUAAUUUUAUAGGAGUUAACUAUUUGUAUUCUCUAGACAUUUCCCACAACACUUUGACAAAUUUAGAAUUAACGGAACCAUUGCCAAAUUUACGCGCCAUUUACCUAAACUAUAACAAUUUAACAAGUCUACCGAAAGCUAAUAUAUCCGGACUUUUAUACAUAGAUUUAUCAUAUAAUAACAUAAGAAAUUUAUCAAAAGGUAUAUUUGAAAGCGCUCAAAAUCUAAAGACGUUACAUUUGUCAAAUAACAAACUAAAAUCAAUCAAUAAUCCUUCCACAAAUUCACUAUUAAAACUAACAGAUUUAGGAUUAUCUGGUAACGAACUUACUAAUAUAAAUUUGAGCUUCUUUAAGCAAUUGAUUAGCUUAGAUGUUAGCAGAAAUAAAAUAACUUUUAUUAAUAGUUCUAUGUUACAAGGUCUGGAAAAUUUACAAUAUUUGGACAUCAGUGCUAAUAAUAUUACAAAACUUCCACCGGGAACAUUUCAGAGCAUUAAAAUUUUGAAAUUUCUUAAUAUUUCGUCGAAUCAUAUAUCGAACAUAAGAUAUGGGAGUUUCAAAGGAUUGCAUAGAACAGAAGCACUCGAUAUAUCAAAGAAUGACAUUGUCAAACUAGAUGUUGAUGUUUUCCAUGAAUGUUUGGAAUUAAGAAAACUCAUUAUCGAUUAUAAUAGAAUUAAAACAUUGGACAUCGAAAAAUUAUUAAUCGUGUCACCGAAAUUAAGCGCUCUAAGUAUAGGAGGCAAUCCGUUGUCCUGUAAAGAAAUUGUCCGUAAUAUAAGAAACAUUAAUCGUACAUUAGCUUUUCAUUUAGUUGAAGUUACAUCGAUUGAAAAGAUUUAUCACGAAGACAACGUUCACGGUAUAAAGUGUGGUGACAUCAGUAAUAAUGAUUCUGAUGCUGAAAAUACUGAAACGACCACAAAAGAAUCAGGAACAUAUUCAACAUUUAUGAUUGUUAUAAUUUGUUGUUUAAUCGUGUUAUUGAUUUUAGUACUAGGUGUGUUACUGUUUUCCUAUUACAGAGGUAAUUACUUUAAUAAUAGGUAUACACCUGAAUCUAGAUUACAAGUGAGACGGUCGUUGGAACUAAAUGGUUCAGAAUAUCAAAGUAAUCUAUUGGACUAGUUUUAACAUAUUUUAUGUAAAUUAAAAUUUUAUUUUUUAU